AUGGGGGAUGUGGCGGACAUCCUCGGCGUGAGCGGCGGCGGCACGACACCACCGCCAUCCAAAGGUCUCCAGAAGGACGAGAAGCCCAAAUCAAAGACAAAAGGAUUGCAUCGAGAAGUGCUACUUUUACAGGAGAGCAAGCAUGGCGGCGGGAUAACUCCCCGUGGCGUGGGUGGACGCACCCAUGUGUCCAUCAUGCCCGGAAGCAACCUUCCCAUGAAGAAGUCGCUGUUGUCGCAACGACCUGGGCUUCGCAACAAGUGGGUACGGCGGGAUUUCUUGAAUGCGGCGCGGACGGACGGGUUAGUGUUGACCCAUUGGGUCAAGUCGUCGCUUCCGGAAGGGUUGGAGUACCCAUUCGCCCGGUUCAACGUCACAUGCGAGCUCCCUGCAUGCUGCACGAAGGACGAGUUUGACAAAGUUCUCGCGGCCCAUCGAGAUCCGUUGAUUCCGACGCCGUGGACAUUCCACGAUACCACGUACCUCUGGGAUGUGUGCAAGCGCUUCGAAUUGCGGUGGGUCGUGAUCACCGAUCGGUUCACGGCGCCUUCGAACGUGGCUCGAUCCAUGGAGGACAUCAAGUACUGGUACUACGAAGUGGUGCGCCUUCUCGCAGAUUCGCGGCAGGUCAAGCCGGACACAUUAGGUGAUCGGGACUCCACCAAGUUGGAAGUGGACGGGUCAACACCUGCGACAGAGUCCCUGCCGUCCGUCGAGGCUAGUUCUAUUGACGAGAUCAAGUCGGAGCCUACGGGUGACGCGUCUGCCGGUGGCGUGGCCGACGACAGCGUCGCAUCAUCACCUCCCCCGUCGGUGGCCGCUCCCCCGUCCGCUUCAACCACGUCACAUGCUCAUCGUUUCCACAUUGCCUACGAAAAGCACCGCAAGGCGACGCUGGAGCUGCAGUUCAACCGGUCUACCGCCGAAGAAACAGCCAUCAAGAAGUUACAGGAUGAGCUUCGCCAAGUCGAACAGCAGCUCAAAAAAGCCAUCGUCAAGGUCGACGCCAAGAAGAAAAAGGAACUGGCGGACGCGCGGACCCAGCUCUCAAGGGACACGCCUGCCACUGGCGUGUACUUUCGAUCCUCGUUGCAAGCGCUGCCGUCGCUCAAGAUGGGACUCAGCGCCAAACUCGUCAAGAAGAUGACACUCAUGCUCGAAGAAUUUGGAGUGCCAGCUCGACCGAUGCCCACCAAGCAAGUGUCGGACUACUUCGACAAAGUACGCCAAGACAUCCUUGCUCUCCUCGCGCUGCGCAAGGCUUUGGCCGCCAAAGUGCAUGAAGUCCACGUCACCGCCGACAAGCUCACGGCGCUCACAGGCGUGCCACACAUUCCGCGCGCGACGAGUCAUGUCCCAGAUACACCGAUCAAUCAUCUCCCGACACUAGCGCCUGGAACGACCGCCACGCCCACUGCCGGAGCUAUGACACCCACGCCAUUAACCACCCCUACGCCCGUCGGCGCCGCGUCCAAGAUUUCCGUAAGGCCGGAGCAUCUAUAUCUUGUUUUGUGUGUGUAUAAUAUGUAUGUGCAAUGGGGAAUCUGCAUUUCUCACAUUAAUCACAUGUGGGUACUGUAUAGCAAAAGGGCGGCGGCUCGGGGCUCAAGCGCAAGGUGGUGGCGUCCGCGGGUGGCGGGGCGGCAGCGGCGGGCAAACGGCCCAAAAAGUAGUCUAGCUAACGAUGCUCCUAAUUGAAAGUGUUUUUCUUUUUGCAUUGACCGUGUUUUUUUUUUUUCAUCUUUUUUUUUCAGGUCAUCGCAUCGAGGUCGUUUUUUUUUUCGUUUUUUUUAGACUUUUUUUUUUCUGCCGCGGAUAGCAUCGACGAAUACGUACGUACUUCGUCAACGUAGUUUAGUAGCCGUAAGGAUGGUAGGCAGGGCCACCCAUGCCGCGACCGCCGCGGCCACCACGGCCACGACCGCCACGACCCCGAGGAGCGUACCCACCUCGGCCGCCACCGCGGCCACCGCGGAAACCACCGCGACCCCCACGGCCUCCACGACCGCCGUAGUUGUACCCGCGUUCGUUCACGCGCUUGGCAGUGACUUUGAGCUGUCGACCGCGGAACGUCGUGUCGUUGAGAAGAAGCGCGCUUUCGACGGCGUCGUGGUUGGCGAAUUCAAUGUACGCGUAUCCCUUGGGCUGGCCCGUGAACUUGUCGCACAGGAUGGUCACGCGGUUGAUGGUCCCGCAGCUCUGGAAAAGGGCUUGCAGUUCUUCAGGCGUGGACUCGUAGUCGACUUGGCCGAUAUAGAUGGAGUUCUCAUCGAUAGACGCUUGUUGUGCCGCGGUCGGUGCCGCAGGGGGCUGGUGUUCUUUUGGGAUUUGCGACUGAACGUGGCUGUGCAUUUGGUUGAGCUUCUGUGCCUCCUCUUCCAUUUCCAACACCCGACGCUUCAUGUCUUCGAUCUCUUGGUCCACUUCCUGAGCUUCAUUGCUUUCAAUCGCCUCAGCUUCUGCGGCGAGUUGGUCGACGUCGUGUUCCGUGUCCAUGGUGGUGGUGGUAGUGUGUGUGGGGCGUGGAGUUGCAGAAACCAAAACUGGGGGUUGUUGGUUCC